GGAACACAACAAAGUUAUACUUACCCUUCAAGGGCAAAACCGUAAACUCACCCUACCUAUUCUACAAACGUUACCCUUUGCACCCACACUCUGCUCUUUGCAACUGCAACCAACCCAUUCAUCCACCAUCAAUGUACUCAAUCAUCCACCCUUAACCACCACCAAAACCACCACAUUGCAUUCAAUACCCACAUGAAGAUCUCAUCUAAAUCCCUCUUGAGCCCCGGUCGAGCCGGGGUUCGAGACCCACCAAUCUCCCUUUCAACCUCACUCAGCCGCCGGUUAAAAAACAGCGGCAGCGUUAAAGGCGGCGCCUCGCCGGCGAUGUUCCCCACCACUGUUAAAAAGAGAGGAAGUUUCGAGAACCCAGAACCAUCUUCCCCUAAAGUCACCUGCAUUGGUCAAGUUAGGGUUAGAGGCAAGAAAAAACAAGCCAAAAAGCUCAGAACUUUAUCAAGAAGACAUAGUGGUUAUGGUGAUCGUAGUGCUGGUGAGGUUAGUUUUAGAAAAGUUGAACAUCCCCUUAAUGGGUUUUGUUCAAAAGGUUAUAAAGAUAAAGAAAGUUUGAAUCUUGGCCCAAAUGGUGGUCAGAAUCAGAGUCAAAGUCAGAGUCAAGAAUGUUCACAGGUACAGAGGAGUUGGGUGCAUUUUCCUGUGACUAUUUGUGAGGCUUUGAGGGCAUUUGGAUCAGAGUUUAGCUGUUUGAUUCCUUGUAGAACAGAAAGGGGGAAAGAGGAGAAGAUGGUGGGAGCUGAAGAGGGUAACCGGCAAGGUUCUUGUGGUGCGGUGUUUGCACGGUGGUUAGUGGCGGUGCAGGAUGGUGAUGGGGGUGGUGAGAGGGAUAUUGAGUUGGUUGUUGGGGAUGAAGAUGAGGAUGAUGAUGAAGAAGAAGUUGUUGUUAGGAAAAGAAGACAUGUGUUUGAAGAUCUGGAGAUUGUUAAUGGUAGGAUUGAAGGGCAUAAAGAUGAAGCAAGAGUGAGUGUUUGUGUGCCACCAAAGAAUGCUUUGUUGUUGAUGAGAUGUAGAUCUGACCCCAUGAAAAGUGAAGCUUUGGUUAAUAGAUCUUGGGAACCAAGUGUUGCAAGAAAUGAGGAAGAAGAUGAAGAAUUUUUUGACAGUAAAAAUCAUAUCGAAAACGAUUCGAAGAAACCUCAAGCCACACUUGAAGUUGAGCAGCAGCAAGUUAUGGUUGUGAAUCAAGAUCAAGAAAAUGUGCAACAGAUUGAAGCUAAGCAAUAUCAAGAACAUAAAAAUGUGCAACAAGAUGAUGAUAAUAUGGAUCAAGAUGAAGCUAAUCAAGAUCAAGAACUUGACAACGUGCAAAAAGAUAAAGUGGGUGAAGAUCAAGAACUUGCUAAUGUGCAAAACGAUGAAGUGGGUCAAGAUCAAGAACUUGAUAAUGUGCAAAACGAUGAAGCGGGUCAAGAUCAGGAACUUGAUAAUGUGCAAAACGAUGAAGCCGGUCGAGAUCAAGAACAUGAUAAUGUGCAAAAAUAUGAAGUGGGUCAAGAUCAAGAAUAUGAACAAACAGAAGUAGAAGAAGAAAGUUUCUAUCUUGUGUCAUUAUUUGAAGAAAUUAUGAAUCAAGAUUAUAAAAUUCAAGAAGAUGAUGAGGCUCAUGAAGAAGAUGAUGAUGCAGAAAUUGGAGCAGAGGAGUCAACAAUGGCGACCGAAUUUGCUAAGAUCUCUGAAACCCAUGAAGAAGAAAUGGUUAAUGAGGUAGAGGAACAUAAUAAUGGAGUUUCAAAAGUAGAAAAUGAGGCUGAAGAGAAGAGGGUAAGCGAAGAAGUGUUGCCGGAUUGUUUGUUGUUGAUGAUGCAUGAGCCAAAGUUAUCAAUAAACGUAUCAAAGGAAACAUGGGUUUGCAGUACAGACUUCAUUAGACGCAGUUCGUAUAGGAGGAAACCGCCAGCACCGCCACCGCCAAUCAAAGCUGACGGUGGAGAUGAGUCAAGUGUUGGUACUACUACUACUGCUAAUGAUAUGACGAGGGUGUGCAACCGUGAAUUCCCGGCAGUGUUACAGCAGCCAGCGAGGUCAUCAUGUUCAUUACCUAUGGCGGCGUCGAUGGCAACAGUGUUAGAGGAGAAGUUGGCGAAUGCAGUGGGUUACGAGCCAUUUGUGCUGACAAGGUGCAAGUCAGAGCCGAUGAAGACGGCGGCAUCAAAGCUACUACUAGUACCGGAGAGUUGUGUUUGGGAAAACAGGAAGUUGGAAGGGCUGAGCCGGGUUACAUUCGGGCAUUGAUUCUAGGGUGGUAAGAGAAAUGAGUUUGUAUAAGAAUGUGAUGUGUGUUUGCAUAUUUUGGCUCGUUUGUAGUAAUUCUUUAUGAUGAUUGUGAGUUGUUGAA